GUGUGUGUGUGUGAGAGAGGUGGGGGUGAAAGGUAAAGAUAUAAAGGUGAAUGUUAAGGACUUCAGAUACACUCCGAGGCAGGACGUGGACGGAUUUGAAGAGACCUGAGCGCGCUGCGCGUACCCGAGUCAUGGCUUUGUUUUUGGACCAGACUUGUGAUUAUGCUCAGAAAAUGAAGGAAGACGAAAGAGAAAUUGAUUUUCUCUUCAACAAAUGCCAAACUCGCUUUGCAGUGUUUUCAGACGCUGCGAACGAGCACGCGCUCUCCUCUCCGGAAGCAGACCGAACUGCGCAGCCGGAAUCACAGAGGAAACGGAAAAGGACGAUUUUUAGUCGCGCGCAGUUGUCGGAGCUCGAGCGCGCGUUUGUGUUCACUCCGUAUCCUGACAUCACAGUGCGCGAGCGACUGGCUGCUCUCACCCUCCUGCCCGAGAGCAAAAUCCAGGUGUGGUUUCAGAACAGACGUGCUCGGAGCAUCAAGAGUGGAAGACUCACCAGGCCCAUGAAGAAAAAUCCCGCCACGUAUAACUCGGAAAUCGCUUUCCCUCAUCCCGGUCCCAAUUUUACAGUAUCUCCUGCUGAAGUUUACCAACCAUCUAACCCAAACGACCAGCAGCAGAUGUCUGACCUGAACUGGGUGAGGCAAGCAUUGUGCCCCUGGUCUCAGAAUCUGCCACAGCCCACACCCACACCAGCUCCGUCCAUAUCUCCUGACCUCCCGGGAGCAUUUCCCUGGCAAAGACAGCCUUCAAAACCAUCUGGAAGUCACUCUGUCCCAACAGAUCAGAUGGCCAGGCCAGUCCAUUCCUUACCUCAGAAUCAGUGGAGUGAGUGUGCACAGCCUAGCACUCAUCCCACCUCAUCUGGAGACUUUUCAGGGAAACCUCAGUGUAACAUUAAUCAAGGUGGGUAUCAGUCAUUUCCAAUGGACCAGGUUGUUCCUUCACAUGCUGCACAAAACUGCUGGCAGGGAAGCAUGCACAGACAGGGAGCACCCAUUAUGCAAUACCCUCAGACAUCCUUAGGAGACAUCUCUGACCUGAUCUACAGUGCGUCUGUGGUCACCAACCUGGCUGAAUUCUGACUACACCUGCAGAAUGUUUUAGAAAUGGAAAAUGAUUAACAUUUUUGACAAGUAUUUCUAUCUGUGAUCACAUGUGAUAACAUUCACACAGACUCAUCCUCUUGUCUAAUUGUUUUGUAAUUAAAUAUUUGAUUUAAUAUUUAUGAUAUUGUACAUACAAAUGUGAUUUUUGAGCUUUAGAAACAACAGAAUAAACUGUGUAUCCAGUA